AUGUCUCCUUCUUUGAGGCAUUAUUUUAAAAUCAAAGACAACCUCAGCUAUGUUGAUAAAUUGCUGUUUUUUGGUGAGAAAAUUGUUGUCCCAACUGCCAUAAAGGGUGAUAUGCUCAAAUUAUUGCACGAGGGUCACUUUGGGAUUGAAAAAUGCAAAAAUCGUGCAAGACGUAUAUUUUAUUGGCCAGGGCAAUCUGUUGAUGUUGAAGCCUACAUAAAAAAAUGCAGUAUCUGCGAAACUUUUGCGAAGAAACAGCCAAAAGAAUCGCUAUUACCAUAUGAGUUACCGAAUCGGCCAUGGGAGAGAUUGGGAUUAGAUAUUUUUUCGCAUGCCAACAAAAUUUUUCUCAUUGUGUUUGAUUCAUACUCCAAUUGGUUGGAAACCACUCAAAUUAAAGACAAGUCGAUGAAAUCAGUUAUUUUAGCUUUGAAGUCUAUUUUUUCUGUUCAUGGGUCACCAGAUAAAAUAACUGCUGAUAACGUGCCUUUUGAUAGUAGAGAGUUUAAGACGUUUGCAAAAAACUGGAAUUUUGAAAUCAUUUUGCGCAGCCCGUAUUAUGCACAAUCUAAUGGAUUGGCAGAAAAAGGGGUAGAUAUAGGUAAAAAUAUGCUAAAAAAAUGUUUGAAAGAAAACUCUGAUAUACAUACUGCUUUAUUGCAAUACAGAAAUUCACCACUUAAGUAUAUUGGCUAUUCACCUGCAGAGUUAUUGAUGAGCAGGAUUUGCAAGACAAAAGUACCUAUCAAUUCCAGUCUUUUGCACCCGAAACUCUGUGAAGACGUUUCUGAGAAACUAUUGCGAAGACAGAAUAUUUAUAGGUCUUACUAUGACAAGAAAAGUAAAGAUCUAAAACCUUUGGAACCUAAAACCAAUGUGACGAUUUUUGACCAUGUAAAGAAUAAGUGGGAGCCUGCACAAAUUGUAUCCAAGCAUAGCUCUCCUAGAUCUUACCUUGUGAAAGAUUCCUUUGGUAAUGUGAUUAGGCGUAAUCGCAUUGACCUUAAGGAAUCCCUAAAUGAGUAUGUGUCUAAAAGCAACGAGCCUGACAUAAAUGAGAGUAGUGGUGAACCUUUAGUUCAGCCUGCUGUGUCACUCAAGAAUAAAAAACCUUUGCUGGAGGCUCCCCCAGAAUGUUUAUUAUCCAGUCCAAAAGUUUUAGAUCAGGAUAUCAAAACCAGAUGUGGUCGUGUGAUAAAAAAACCGGACAAACUAAACUUAUAG